GGCUAUUAUAUGGCUAGGCGAUUAUUAAAGGGUAUUAUUAUGUGAUGCUGAUUAGUGCUGAGCGGUAUGCGUGUGCAAUACGCAGCUGUAAUCUGCUGCCUCGUAGAGAGCGUGUUCGGCGUGACGUCACCCGACGCCGCCAAGUUCAGUCUCAGCUCACUAUAUGACGCGGCGUUGCCUGUACUGCACCCCAUCAUCGCCGCCGGUUCUGAUCGAUGUGGCACAUUGAAAAGUCUGCUCGGCAUAACUUACGAGCAGAUGCAAGAAAAGAACCGGACAAACUACCAAGAGAUAACCAUAGACCACAUCACCAAAAACGGGAACAUCAAAUACAACAUGACGGCUGCGAAAAGGCUUAGUAGGCUUAUGUCCGAUGCCGAAACGAUAGUUGUACUUGUCCAUGGUUUUCUGGAGAGCUCUGAUGGAUGGAUGGUGAAUGCUUUAGCUCCUGAGUAUUUAAAGAAAGGGAGCUAUAAGGUGUUAGCCCUUGAUGGAAGAAGGGCGAUAUCUUAUGAAUAUUUCAGUGCGUCAACACACGCUCGGUUCAUCGGGGAAAAACUUGGCAACUUCCUAAGUGAGCUUGUUGAAGGCGGCCAAGACCCUUCAAAACUGAUCCUAAUUGGCCACAGUCUCGGCGCCCACAUCGCCGGCGUUGCCGGCAAGCGACUCCAACAGAACACCGGCCAGCAAGCGUCCCGUAUAACGGGCCUGGAUCCUGCGGGACCCUGCUUCAGUAAAGUUGACGCUGGCGCGCGGUUGGAUCGCAGCGAUGCCGCGUAUGUCGACGUUGUGCACACGAAUGCAGGCAUGCUGGGGAUUAAAGAGCCUGUAGGACAUAAAGACUUCUAUCCUAAUGGCGGCAUGACGCAGCCAGGCUGCUUAUUAGCCACGUGUGAUCACACCCGGGCUUGGGAACUCUUAGCUGAAGCCAUUAAUGCGCCAGAUGUUUUCCCUGCCCGCAAAUGUGAGAACCGCACUCUGUUCCAGAACGGCUUGUGUGCCGCGAACGAGGUAGCUUACAUGGGCAACAGUGCGGGCAGUCCUGGCAUGUAUUACUUCAACACAGCGGCUAGCGCGCCUUUUGGACUGAGAGCAGCUGGCAGUGGGAUCAAAUGACUAUGAUUUACUGUAAUAAAUGCUUGUUUU